AUGUUUGAAAGACCAGAAGGUAUUGAAGAGUGCAAGAUCUGGAUAGACGGGUGCUUUGACUUUGCCCAUCAUGGACAUGCUGGUGCAAUGCUUCAAGCAAGACAACUUGGAAAAGAACUUUAUGUUGGGGUUCACUCAGAUGAGGAGAUCCUUUUCAACAAGGGACCUGUAGUCAUGAAGUUGGCCGAACGUAUGGCUGCAGUUGAAGCCUGUAAAUGGUCUACCCAAGCAAUUGCCAGUGCACCAUAUGUAACUGAUCCAAAGGUUAUGGAGGAGUAUGGAUGUAAGUAUGUUGUCCAUGGAGAUGAUAUCACCACUGAUGCUAAUGGAGAAGAUUGUUACCAAACUGUAAAAGAUUUGGGAUUAUUUGUGGUUGUCAAACGUACACCAAACAUUCUGACAACCGAUUUGGUUGGUCGUAUGCUCUUAAUGACUACUACUCAUCAUAUUAAGUCCUUUGAUAGUGUUAAAAUUCCACAAGAACAUUUAUUAUUACUGAGUGAAUCUCAUUUAGAAAAAUUCCAACAAUAUGCCACUGAUGCAACUGGAUUGAAGGCAGGUUCUGGAGUUUAUGUUUACUCUACUAAAUCCCCAUUGAAAGAGCUUAUAGCACCAUCAUUGGAACAAGCCAAAACUUACAAAGAAAAUGGAAUUUUCUAUAUAGAUGGAGGAUUUGAUUUAUUCCAUCCAGGACAUAUUGAAGCGUUGAGAUUGGUGAAGGAGGAAGCUAAGAAGAUUGGAGCAGCUGUGAUUGUUGGGAUUCAUGAUGAUCACACUGUUAAUACAGAAAAGGGACUCAAUUACCCAAUUAUGAACUUGUUUGAACGUUCAUUGUGUGUUUUACAAUGUCGCUACGUCGAUGGUGUUGUUUUGGGUGCACCAUAUGUCCCAGAACCAUCAUACUUGGCUACUCUCCCAGGUACCACCAAGGCAAUUUAUCAUGGGUUACCAUCUAUUACAGACUCAAAUGGUAAUGACCCAUAUGAAGCUGCCAAACAAGAAAAACUUUUCAAGUCUAUAGGUCCACAUGAAUAUGACUCUAUUAAUACCGAAUUUAUUGUUAACCGUGUUUUGGGAAACAAGGCAGCUUUUGAAGAAAGACAAAGAAGAAAAGGUUGGAAGGCAGAUAUUGAAACUAAACUUAGAGAAGCGGAAAAGUCAAGAGAACAGCUUUCAAAGUAG